AUGACUUGCACAACACUCCUCGACCUGCCGCUGCCGCUGGUGCUAGACUUGAUCUUUCCGCUUCUCCCGACCUCGACGCUUCUAGCGCUUCGUCUUGUCUCUACUCGCUUUAAAACGGUUGUCGAAGACCAAGUACUGUGGAAAGGAAAAGUUCUAUCUGACUUCACAUUCCCGCUUCAUGCGACUGCGAGGAUGGGUGGCUGGUUCAAUUUGUACCGCGGUCUCAGCUGUCCCGAUGUCUAUGUGUGGGGGCAACUCAGUGAAGGAAGGUUAGGGUUGAAAGUGGAUCAGUUAGGGGGUGAGGUGAGAAGAGAUGUCCUGGCUUGUCGUGGUGGUUUACCUUAUCCUUACAAACUCAACACUUUAGCGGUGAGCAAUGCCAGCAAUCCUCGCGCCAGUGGAAGAAUAGCAAGAGAAGCAGGAAGAGUAGGGCAAGUAGGGCAAGUAGGAGGGAUAGUAGAAAUAGUAGCAGGAGGAUGGUCAUUCCACGCACGAACCUCUUCCGGCAAAGUGUUGCAUUGGGGUACGAUGGAUGGAGAAUGUUUUGCUGGAAACCAAUCUUCCUUACGGGAUCCGGGCAAACAAGUUUCUACACCAAGGCUACUGUCUGCUAUUCCUGACCAAGUGCAAUCGCUAAGUGGUGGGCGGUCUCAUGCUGUAGCCUUGACAAAAGAGGGGAGAGUUGUUGAGUGGAGAUCUUGGGGCAGUCUUUGGUUACAUGACUCUUUACCACCCUCCCUACUCCCUUGUUCGACUUCGCAAGCUUCGCAGACCGGAGCACAAACCAGUGCGGCCAGGAGUGGGAUCAAACAGUUGGAAGCGGGAUGGAGUUUCACCUCUAUCCUAGACGAACAGGGGAAUGUUUGGCUUUGGUAUUCUGACUGGACUCAGGAUAACUUUCGGGAGCAGUAUUAUGGAGGAUAUGAACAAGCGGCCAUCAUGUUUGCUGAUCCUCCUGGACGCAACUCCCAGACUCUCUUUUCUGUCUGCAUUACUCCACUCCAGCUUCCCCCACUCCCCACUUUUGCCCCUAUACGCCCUGACCAACUGGAACAGGAACAGGAACAGGAACAGGAACAGGAACAGGAGCAGAUAACCCAAAUCGCAGCAGGCGAAGACUUCCUCAUAGCUCUCACAUCCCACGGCCACCUAUUCCGCCUGGACCUACACCUUGCCCCCACCAACUUGGGCGAAGAGCAAGAAGUAGUGAGACAAGUGCAACAAGCGAGACCGGGGGAAUUCGAUCAACCCGGCAAUACAGGUGCCUUGGUUCACCGGCUCAGAAUGCAACGCUACCUGCAGACAAGAGCACAGUGGCAAAGGUUGCCGUUAUUUGAACAGCCGGACAAGCUGCAAGGCUUUCAUAAAGGAUGGGUGCUGGAUGGUAGGAGCAAGAUUGGUCGGCUCAGUCAUAUUUCUGCCCAUUUCCGAAGGUUUGUUGCCUUCCUGCCCCUCCAUUCUUCCUCCAAGAUGGUUGCAAAGGGAGAAGAUGGGCAAGAUACGCUAGUCUUAUUGGGAACUCCGGAUAGGAUCGAGCCGGAGCUCAUCCCGGAAUUACAGGCUCGAAAAGUAAUCAAAGUGACUAUGGGAGACUAUCAUUACGGAGCACUAACAUCCAAAGGCCAGAUUCUGACCUGGGGUGAAUUUUCCAAAGGCGCUUUGGGCAACUGGAGUCCUACCUGGCUUCGAAACUCUACCAACACCUCACAGAAUCAAGAGCAAGAAGAUCAAAGAGAGCGCCCAUGGCUUUCGAACCUAAUCGCGCUCCCGACUAUCUUGGGCAAUAGAGGUACGGCAAGACAAGCAAGAAUAGGAUUUGCCGGUAGAGCAGGUAGAGCAGCAGCCUCGAAUAACGCUCUAAGCGAGCACCAACAGGGACACCUGAGAGGGGAGACGCAACAACAUGUCGAGCGGCCGGUAACAAUCAGCAUCCAUCCCGAGCCAACUUUGGACGCAGGGGAAGAUGGAGGAGGGGGAGACAAGAGAGGGGGAGAGCCAUUUGCGUUUGAUAUUGCGUUUGCUGGAUGGCAUAGCAGCGCGUUGGUUAUGUAUGCACCGAGUCCUGGUGCGUUGGGAACAGAGGACGAGGAGAGAGAGGAAGAGGCGAAUGAGGAUGAGGAUGAGGAUGAGGAUGAGGAUGAGGAUGAGGAUGAGGAUGAGGAUGAGGAUGAGGACGAGGUAUUUCAGGAUGCAGAAUGA